CAAGCAAACAAACAAACAGAAAAAAAGAAAGAAAGAAAGAAAAAAAAAAAAAAAAAACUAAAGUGACUAUGGCCGUAUCAGCAACUCCCCCGGUGCUCUCCCCUACCUCCACUCCGGGGUCCGGGGGGCUCUUUCGCUCCGAUCCCCUGUACACGAGCCCCGCCGAGUCCCCGAGGCUCACCAGCAGCAUGAUGAACACGUUCAUCAGCAGCGGCGGAGGCGGCGGGGGCAACGGCAACGGCAACGGCACCGGCACCGGCGUCAAUAACGAGUGCAAGAUGGUGGAGGUGCACGGGGUCAAGGUGGCCUCGUUCAACGUGGACGGACAGGAGCUCAUCUGCCUGCCGCAGGUCUUCGAUCUCUUCCUCAAGCACCUGGUGGGGGGGCUGCACACCGUGUACACCAAGCUGAAGCGCCUGGAUAUAUCUCCGGUGGUGUGCACCGUGGAGCAGGUCCGGAUCCUGCGGGGGCUCGGGGCCAUCCAGCCCGGCGUGAACCGCUGCAAGCUCAUCACCCGCAAGGACUUCGAGGCGCUUUACAACGACUGCACCAACGCCAGCUCUAGGCCAGGCCGUCCUCCGAAGCGUUCCCUGGGCGUGGCUAUGCAGGAGAGCUCUCGCCUUCUGCCCCACAGUGUGCAUGGCCUGCUGUCUCCAGGCCUGCUGUCCCCUACAGGGCUCACCGCUGCGGCAAUGGCAGAAGCUAUGAAGCUGCAGAAGAUGAAGCUGAUGGCCAUGAACAAUCUUCAUGGCACAGGCAGCCAGAAUGGCACAGAAUCUGAGAACGAGGACCUCAACUCCAACGCAGGUGGCAGCGAAUCCUCCUGGGAUAAGGAGAAGCUGCAGUCCCCCCCCUCCGGCACCGCCCAGCACGGCUUGAGCCACGGCGGCCUGUCGGGCCAGCACGGCUUGUCCGGUGCCCACCUGAGCUCGCUGCAGCAGAACCACCUGCUGGCCAGCCGUGAGUCCAGGCUGGACCUCCCAUUUAUGAUGAUGCCCCACCCCCUCCUUCCUGUUAGUCUCCCUCCUGCAUCAGUUGCCAUGGCAAUGAACCAGAUGAACCACCUGAACACGAUUGCAAACAUGGCCGCUGCUGCUCAGAUGCACAGCCCCCUGUCCCGAGCUGGAGCCUCCGUCAUCAAGGAGUGUGUCCAGGAUAGCCCCUCCCCUGCACCAUCCUUGGAGGAGCCCCCACGCCCUGGGUCCCAGCCCUCCUCGCACCCCAGCAGCAGCGCCUCAAGCUCACCAGCACCACAUCAACAAACCCCAGACCGCCUGGUUCUGAACCCUCCUGAUGGAGAGCUUGGGGAUCGAGAGGCUGGACUCAACAUGAAGAAGAUGUUGAAGGAAAAAGAUGAGGCCCAGCUGACCCUCCCCGUGAUGAAGCCAGGAUUUGACAAACUGCCCCUGGGGGGACAGGCCCUGCCCCCUGGCUUCCCUGCCCCCUUCCUCUUCGCUGAUGGUCUUUCCUCUGUGGAGACGCUGCUUACCAACAUCCAGGGCCUGCUGAAGGUGGCUGUGGAUAAUGCCCGAGUGCAGGAGAAGCAAGUGCAGCAGGAGAAGAAGGAGCUCAAGAUGGAGCUGUACAGAGAGAGAGAGAUGAGAGAGAGCCUGGAGCGGCAGCUGACCUCUGAGCUUCACAGCCGAGCCACCAUCCAGAAGCGGCUGAAGAAGGAGAAGAAGGCCAAGAGAAAACUGCAAGAGGCGCUGGAGUUCGAGUCCAAGCGGCGGGAGCAGGUGGAGCAGGCGCUCAAACAGGCCACUUCCCCAGAGAACCUCCGAAUGAGCCUCAAUGAGGCUGUGAUACCAGAGGUGGAAGCAGAACACAAUGGAAACCAGCAGGAGAACUCAGCUGUACAAGAAAACAGACCCUACAUCAAGCCACCCAUAAUGUACUGAAGGGGGUUCUCAUGUCCUCCAGCCCUCUUGCAAGCUGGACAGCGGGGUGUCCAGGGCCGGACGGUGGUCUCGCCCUGCUAACAGGCUCCCCGGCUGGGAGCUGGAGGGGGGUGACGGUUCGCAAUGCCUUCACCUAGAACCCACCUUCAGGGGGAGGACGGGGGAAACGCUCACUCCACCGGAGAGCAUACACCUAGUGUCCCUCACUGGUACUCCAUCAUGUUGCUAUGACAACUUGUAAAGAUGUUUGACUUAAUUUCUUUUAACUUGUUUUUUUCUUAAUUGUUUGUUUGUCAAAAAAGGACCUUUUAAAAAUGAACGGAAGUUCUCUGGAUUUCUCUGAAUUCCCUGUGAAGCACAUACAGAAUCCUACUCCUCUCUCGUUCUCCUCCUUCUCAGUGAGCUCAAGUGUUUUUCCGUUGUUUAUUUUUGUUAUCAUUAUUGUUGUUAUUA